CCCAGGGCCGUAUCACGGUGACGGCACUGUACCCAGCUUGUGCCAUGGUCUUUGCUGGACUUCUGUGAGUCUCAUGGAAGCAAGGUCUAUCGGGGGAUGUUACGUGGAAAUUGUUGAACGGCGCAUGGGGCCGUAAUGUCAAGGUUGUUACCUUGAGCACCCCUGAUCUUCACGGUGCAAGUGUUGUUGUAGAGAGAGCACACAUAACUCCCUCGCCCACUGCUCAACGGUCCCUCGGCCUGGUUCCUUCUCGUUUCUCUCCGCCCUGCGUUCCAGGCUAACUUUGCGACCGUUUGGUUGUUUGCACAAAGCGGCUGGCCAGAACUGACUUUCCGUGAAGCUCCUAUGCGCACUUCACAUCACCUGCUCCUGGCCUUGGCCAGCUGGUUGACUGCCGUCUAUGGACGGGACGCCCCUUUCAGCUACAACGAUGCGUUAGGUCUCGCGGAAACAGAUCGCUCAGUGGGGAUAGAUUUGGCCGCAAGGUACCCAGUUCCGGAGUCUCAGUGCGACUCCUGGGUCGGCGUCGAGAUGAUUGUUAUGGUUGAGGUCACCGAGGUUUGCCCCGAGGGAUCUACCGUGAUCGAGACCCUCACGGAAUGCAUCGAAACCCUGACCCGCUCCAUAUGCGCGACGUCGGCAACGGACCUGCCUUGCUACCCCUGUGUCAUGGGCACGCCGCUGUCGUCUGAUACGGCAACGGUCACCGUGACUUCCCGCUCUUCAGUUACCGAGGCAACCGUCACGCUCACCCUGCAGCUCUGCAGCACCUGCACCCUGACAACCUACGUCGGCACCGUCCCCGGUUAUACCCCCGGCGCGCCCUGCCACCGGUGCAGCCCGUACGGAAGCAGCAGCAGCCCAGCUCCUCCAGCCACUUCAUCAUCAACCAGCUCGGAAGGCAGUGGUGCAGCGACAAGUUUUGCUCCGACAACGACGAUCACAUUGAUAUCGACUUUGACCAGAACUGUCAGCUUAGCUUCGGGAUGCCCCACCGCCACAAGCUCGCCGCCGCCUGGCAAUCCGGGCUUGCCUUCUUCGGCUACUGCCAGCGCGGGGUGUAGCCUGGGCUCUGGCUCGAGCUCGUCCGUCACGCCGACGCGUAUGCCUUCUGCGGCCACCACCACGGCGGCGCCGUCUGUUGCUACGGCGGGUGGCGUGAGGAAUGGGGCUGGGUAUGUGGUUCUUGUCGUGGGCUGGGUCGUUGUUGGAUGUCUUCUUUUACUGAGGGGGUGAGUUGAUGCACUUGGGGGCUUUCUUGCUUAGUUUGGUAGGUUUGGCAAGGUAACCCCCC